UCACGGCUUCUACUAAGCCUGCGCACCAUUCAAUCGCCGGCGCGCCAAGAAACGCCCACGGGAAUCGAACCCAGGCCGGAAGUGGGCCAGCGCGGCCAUUUCGCUAAGGUUGUUAACUGGGUCUAACCUGUCCGUCGCCUGCGUGGGACGCUGCGGUGAUUUAGGAUGUCAGCAGUGGACGUCCUGUGGGGCCAAUGAGGGGAACUCGGCUUGCGGACUUCCCGGUGGCUCUGCAGAGCCCCCGGAUCAGACCACACCAAUGACGCUGCCGGUCUCCUUAGAAGCCCAGCCAGACUCUCCCCCGCAGCUCUGACUGAAGCCUCCAGAUGCCCACCCAGCUUUGGGCUCCCAGGAAGAAAGGACUUGCCCACAAGAGAGACCGAGAAGUGAAGCCAAGAGGAGACAUGACUGCUGGUGAGAAUUUGCCCCAGAGGUCCCAGGCCCUGGGUUCAGAGGAGCAGGAUGGACCAUGCGAGGGGCUGGAAAUGCAAAGUCAAGACGUCAGCAGGGUUCUUCCUUCUGAGGCCUCUCUCCCUGGCUUGUAGAUGGAUGGCUUCUGACUGUCCUCGUGUGAUCUGCCCUCUGUGGGGGUAUCAGUGUCAUUUGAGGAUGUGACCAUGGACUUCAGCAGGGAGGAGUGGGAGCAGCUGGGCCCCGCCCAGAGAUGCCUGUACUGGGACGUGAUGCUGGAGAUCUGCAGCCACCUCCUCUCCCUGGGGUACCCCAUUCCCAGGCCAGAGAUGAUUUUCAGGAUGGAAAAGGAAGAGGAGCCAUGGAUAAGGGAGGCUCAGCUCCCACAUCAGUGGCAUCCAGAAGGGGAGUUUGGACUCAAAACCUCACGACAGAAAAUUUUUGAAAAAGCUUCGUUUCGUGACGGUAAGGAACUUGUGGCCCCGGGAGGCGGGUCACGGUGCUCUGUCUUGGGAGAUGUGAACCCCACAACGAGGGGUCUGCAGAAGCAAGGGAAACCUUCGCGGCACGGGGCUCUCCUCAGUAGGGAAACACCGGAUACAGAGAGAGACCGCGGGUGUAAAGUCCCGGGAAAAAUCGCUCCUGUGAGGCCCCAUCUUGUUUCUCCACAAAAAAGACCUCCUAAACGUGGCUCAUUUGUGAAAAGUUUGAAGCCCAACCUAGAAGGAAGUCCUCAAAAGCAAAGCGACGGCACAGAACACCUCGAUGGGACUGUCGGCUCUGGCCGGCUACUCCCCCAUAGCCCUUCCGGUCCUGGCUACAAGAACGUUCGUCCAGGAGAGAACCUGUGUGAAGGGAAUCCACAUACGAAAGUCGGCAGCCGUAAACCGCCACACGCACAACAUCGAGUUCAUACCUGGGAGAAACCCGAUAAAUGUGCCGAAUGUGGCAGGGGCUUCGGCCAGAAGCCACCCCUCGAGCAGCAGAGAUUCCACGGCGUGGAAAACCUCCAGGAGAGCAGGAAAUGCACGACGAGCCUUGCCCCGCGGCCAGACCUCGGCGCGUAUCUGCCCGCUCACGCAGGACACGUUCCGUACAUAUGUAAGGAGUGCGGGAAAGUCUUCGCUCAGAGGUCGGAACUGACGACACACCAGAAAAGCCACGCUAGACAGAAGCCCCACAAAUGCCAGGAAUGUGGAAAAGCCUUUUUCCAGGCGUUAUCUCUCUUCAGACACCAGAGAACCCACACUCGAGGGAAGCUCUACGAGUGCGGCGAGUGUGGGAAAGGCUUCUCCCAGAAGUCCACCCUCGCCAUCCAUCAGAAAAUCCACGCCGGCGAGCGGCAGUAUGCGUGCGGCGAGUGUGGGAAGGCCUUCACCCAGAAGUCCGCGCUCAGCCUGCACCGGAGGAUCCACUCGGGGGAGAAGGCCUACGCGUGCCUUGCGUGCGGCCAGGCCUUCGUGCAGAAGGCCCACCUGACCGUGCAUCAGAGAAGCCACACCGGAGAGAAGCCCUACAAGUGCAGCGACUGCGGGAGAGCCUUCAUUUGCAAGUCGCAGCUCGACAUACAUCGCCGCAUCCACACCGGGGAGAAGCCGUACGAGUGCCGUGACUGUGCAAAAGCCUUCACGCAGAAGUCACACCUCAACAUGCACCGGAAGAUCCACACGGGAGAGAGACAGCACGUGUGCCGUGACUGCGGCAAGGCCUUCACCCAGAAGUCCAUCCUCAACAUGCACCAGCGCACCCACACCGGAGAGAAGCCCUACAAGUGCAGCGACUGCGGCAGAGCCUUCACCUCCAAGUCACAGUUCAGAGAGCACCAGCGGGUCCACACGGGCGAGAAACCCUACGUGUGCGCCGCGUGUGGGAAGGCUUUCAACGGCAGGUCCAAUUUCCACAAACAUCAGAUGACUCACACGAGAGGGAAGACCUUUGCCUGCCACACAUGCGGGACCGCCUUUGGCCAGAAAUCAGAGCUGAUGGCACAUCGGAGAACUCACGUCGGACAGAGGCCUCACGAAUGCGGGGACUGCGGGAAAUCCUUCAGUAAGAAACCACAGCUCCAAGUGCACCGGCGAAUUCACACGGGAGAGACGCCCUAUGCGUGUCCUCAGUGUGGGAAGGCCUUCAACAACAGAUCCAAUUUUAAUAAACACCAAAUAACUCAUACCAGAAACAGACCUUAUGAGAGCAGUUAUUGCAUGAAAGGCAUUACCCAGACAUCCGUUCCCAGUAUGCAUCAGCAAUAACAUAAAGUGAAACAAAGUCUAAAUUUCUCGAAGGAAAAAAAAAUCUCCGUAGAGUCUGAUUCAAUUGUGUAUUACAGAAUCCAUGAUUCAGAAGAACCCCCGGAAUGCGCUGCAUUGUUGCAAAGGUACACCUUGUUUUAUAUGAAGGAAAUCACUUAGACAAGAACAUUUAAGAGUGAGGGGAAGUGUCCAUAUUCGUACUAACCUCGUUAAGGAUUAUAAAACUCUUUUGGGAAGAAACCCGGACUAACCUUGAGAAAAGUGUCUCUGUAGAAAGUAGUACAAGAGGGGCGCCUGGGUGGCUCAGUCGGUCAAGCAGCCGACUUCGGCCAGGUCACGAUCUCGCGGUCCGUGAGUUCGAGCCCCACGUCGGGCUCUGGGCUGACG